UUUACAAUAGAAAUGUUUCGUAAGUUUUUGAAAAGUUUUCCCUCAUCUUGUGCACUAAAGGUGAAUCGUCUGCGUUGGCCAUCAUCAACAUCAGUUGUUAUUUUUGUUGAUAGUCAAUUUGUUUUGAUCAAAAAGAAAAUCUUGAACAAUAUGUUGGUACGGUUACAGAAUUUGUUGCCAAAAAUUUUUCAAACAUCAUCAUUGCAAAUGGCGCAAGCACGGCGUUCAUUGAGCGAUGCAUUGUUUGUACAUCGUGACACCGAUCCUGAUGCAGAAUUAUUCGAAUUUACCGAUGUCAACAAAAAGCGAGCUGAAGCUAUUCUGAAAAAUUAUCCUGCUGAAUAUCGAUGUGCCGCUGCUAUUCCGCUAUUAGAUCUUGCUCAACGUCAAUACGGAUGGCUUCCAUUGAAAGCGAUGAACUAUGUUGCCGAUUAUAUUGGUAUGCCACGAAUGCGUGUAUAUGAAGUGGCAACAUUCUACACAAUGUUUAAUCGAACACCCGUGGGUAAAUAUCAUGUUCAAGUUUGCACGACUACACCAUGUAUGUUACGAGGAUCGGAAGAAAUUCUCGAAGCUUGUAAAGAAUUUUGCAAAGGUGAUCCUAAUUUCACCGUAAAUGAAGUUGAAUGUGCGGGUGCUUGUGUCAAUGCACCAGUAUUAUCAGUCAACGAUGAUUAUUAUGAAGAUUUGACACGCGAAGAUGUCAAACACAUCAUCAGUGAAUUGAAAGCUGGCCGUAAACCUAAACCAGGUCCAACCAAACAAAGUGGACGUUUUUCUUGUGAACCUGCAGGUGGUUUAACUUCAUUAACAUCAAAACCAUAUGGUCCUGGGUUUAAAGUACGAAAUGAUCUUUAAAUGGAAAAAGAUAUUCUUUUCAUAUAAAAAUAAAAUAGUGUACAUUUUUAAAUUGA